UUUAGAUUACUUAUAUGAAAAAGAAUAUUUAUUACAAAUUAGUGAAAAGCAUAUGAAACUCCAACAGCACCAUAAAAUUAAAAAAAAAGGGAAUCAAAAGAAAAAAACAGAUUGCAAAUAAAAAAAAUAAUGAGGAAUGAAGGCUUAUCAUAAGUUUCAUAUAAUCACAAAACAUUACUCUUUAUGACUAACAUCUGAAAUGCAUAAACUAAAAUAUAUAAUUAUCGAGGGAAUAUUCAAGAUGUAACUAAUAUGAAGACUACAUAACUAAUUAUAACUCAGAUAAAGAUGCCAUAAACACCAGACACAGAUAGAUGUAGCUUCUAGAUAAUAAGAAUAUAUCUCAAUUUAUCCUAAGUGCUAAUAAUAAAAAAAGGCUGUCAUUGUGGCCGCUCCUCCCUCCAUGCCUCGCUGCGAGCCCAAGAAGGAGCUGAAUCACAUCUGCCAUGGGGAAGGUGCACAGAUCUCUCGCUCAUGCUCGGAAGGUGAUGGAACAGACCCCCAAAGUGGCAGAGCAGGACAAGAAGAAGAAGCCAAGGAGCAGGGCCCACAAGCAGAUGCAGUAUAACCGCCGGUUCAUCACCGCAGUUGUUGGAUUCAGGAAGAAGAGAGGACCCAACUCUUCCAAGUAGGGAGAUGAGGGUUUCAGGAGUGAAGCACUUGGAGCACUUCUUGAUGAUGUCGUAUUAAGCAUGUAGGGUUUAGCUUUCAGUAUCCCGUACUACUUAUUUAUGCAUGGUGAUGAUCAACGAAUUCAACUACUUUGGAUUGGAGUUGCUUUCUUGAUGCUGUUGCACCAAUGAUGUAGGGUUUAGCUUUCAGUAUGUUGGACUAAUAUAUGCAUGGUGAUGAUCUAUUAAAUGUCUUUGAUGAUAUGCAAAAAUAAUAAUAAUUAAAAAAGGCAACAAAUUUGUCAUCUCAUUUAUACUUAAAACAAAAGGUUAAUACAGGAGACAAAGCUAAACCACUACAUUGCUCUUUUUAUCUCAGAAACUUUCUUUUAGAUAAAAGAUUAAAAAAAAGGACAUUAUAAACUUUUUGAUCAGUUUAACAUAA